UCGAGCUUGGAGACAGAAAGCGAUGGAGAGACAGGCGCACAGACACAAGCGCGCGCACACAGACAGAGAGCACAAGCUAACGGGUUCCGCUCUACACAGUCUGUUUGCAGGGCUGCAGAACGCAGCUGUCUGAGCUCCCUGCACCCAGUGACCCGCUGGUCCGAGGUGCUAGGUAGAGCAGGUAGGCUAGGGCCCUCCGGAACCAAGAGAGGGUAGCGAAGAGAAGGAAUUCUCGGCUCCAGUCUACUCCAGAGACCCCUACCAGAAGGAAGCCUGGACCAGAGGAGCGGAGCAAGAAGACUAAUUGCACCAGCGGAGCUGGGCAAACGAAGAUGCCACGAAUUGUCUUUUGCCUCCAGGAUCCCCUGAGGUGAAAACGGGUUCACUUCAAGUUCUUUGAACUGGUUAGGGGUAACCCAUUGCUACAAAGCAGCCAUGGAUAUGGAGUUUGAUCUACCCAAUGGGAGUCAAACAUGGUCACCCCCUUUAUUUGACCCCAAUGGGUCAAUGGCAUCUGCAAACAACUCAAACAAAACAGAACCAUACUAUGACCAGACUAGCAAUGCUGUUCUCACCUUCAUCUACUUUUUGGUCUGUAUCAUUGGGUUGUGUGGUAACACACUGGUCAUUUAUGUCAUCCUCCGUUAUGCCAAGAUGAAGACCAUCACCAAUAUCUACAUCCUUAACCUGGCCAUUGCUGAUGAGCUCUUCAUGCUGGGUCUGCCCUUCCUGGCCAUGCAAGUUGCCUUAGUCCACUGGCCCUUUGGCAAAGCCAUCUGCAGGGUGGUCAUGACUGUGGAUGGCAUCAACCAGUUCACCAGCAUCUUCUGCUUGACUGUGAUGAGCAUUGAUCGCUACCUGGCUGUGGUCCACCCCAUUAAGUCAGCCAAGUGGAGGAGACCCCAGACAGCCAAGAUGAUUAAUGUGGCUGUAUGGGGACUCUCCCUGCUGGUUAUCUUGCCGAUCAUGAUAUAUGCUGGUCUCAGGAACAAUCAAGGAGGGAGAAGCAGCUGCACCAUCAACUGGCCAGGUGAAUCUGGAGCUUGGUACACAGGGUUCAUCAUCUACGCCUUCAUCUUGGGGUUCCUAGUGCCCCUCACAAUCAUUUGCCUUUGCUACCUGUUUAUCAUUAUCAAGGUCAAGUCCUCUGGAAUCCGAGUAGGUUCUUCCAAGAGGAAAAAGUCAGAGAAGAAGGUUACCCGCAUGGUAUCAAUUGUAGUGGCUGUCUUUAUCUUCUGCUGGCUCCCUUUCUACAUAUUUAAUGUUUCUUCAGUCUCGGUUGCCAUCAUGCCCACCCCAGCUCUCAAAGGCAUGUUUGACUUUGUGGUGGUACUUACCUAUGCCAACAGCUGUGCCAACCCCAUUCUAUAUGCUUUCUUGUCUGACAACUUUAAGAAGAGCUUCCAGAAUGUCCUCUGUCUGGUCAAGGCGAGUGGCACAGAUGAUGGGGAGAGGAGUGACAGCAAACAAGACAAGUCCCGACUGAAUGAGACCACAGAGACCCAGAGAACUCUGCUCAACGGAGAUCUCCAGACCAGCAUCUGAACCAUCUCUAAGAAUCUUCUUCUUUGCUUCUACCCAUUUGCUAUAUUCUUUUCCUCCUAUCUACUAUAGCCUUGUCCUGGAGAAAGAAGAUAGUUGUUCUGAGGGAGUCCUAAUGAGAGAACAGUAUUUGAACCUGCUUGUCUGAGUACAUGAUAAUACAUACAUUGAAUUGGUUACCUCCCCCACUUAAAGUGAACAAUUAGGAUUCAGGAAGGCUGUUCAAAGCCUGGAUGGAAAGAAAAGGAUUUUACUUGGGUAUGAUUUCCAGGAAUGCCAAGACUCAUCAAGAAUAGAGAUCUGUAUCUGUGUAUUUGUCUUUCAAAUAUGUUAUGUGAUCAUGUGUUAUUAUAUGAGUAUUUGCAGCCUACAAAUUUAUAUUCAUAUUUGUAGCUAUUCCCUAUAUAGUUAUCGCCUAAAUUCUUUGUGUUUGUGUAUACAUGCUUCCCAUAAACAAGCGUAUGUCGUAUAGAUGGAUAUCAAAUGCAGAAAUAUACACAGACAUGUAACACAUUACUGAGUUCAGGCAAAUAAUUCUAAGCCUGAGGAAUGGAAAAGCAAAAUUUUGAAGAAUCAGAAGAUAUGUUCACAUGUUCUAGCUGACAUACUACAAGGAUUAUUUAUUUAUUCAAGUGAGUUGAAGCAGUAACGGUUGUUGAUUACUGUAUUUAUCAAGAUACACCCAUCUUUGCUACAGUACUGUAUUUCUCCAUCUUAAGUUGCUUUAAUUUAGGGAACUGGGAGAGAGGGUGGGGUGGGGGGUAGACAUUAUCAAGAAAAUUUUUAAAUGGAUCAUGAUUCUUAUGGAGAUUACAUUUAUUGUCCCUACAAUGGAAAUUAAUAAAAAAUGAAGUAAAGAAAAAUAUACAUUAGAAACAAUGAAAUUGUCACAACAGCCAGAGAUGGUAGUUAAAUUGAUAGAUACAUAAAUAGAGCAUUUAUUAAGUGCUAUGUGCCAAUCAGUGUGCGAAGCCAAGGAAUUAAAAAUAUAAACAAGCAAUACAGACCCUAUCCUCAAAGAUCUUACAUUCUAAUGGGGGAAAACAACACAUAACAGGGGUGCUGGAAAGGGUGGGGGUCAGAGAAGGGUUAUGGACACAGUGGCACGGUUUGGAACUGGUGGCUAAGAAAGGAGGAUCCUGACUGGUUCCAGGCAACAUACAGUGGACCGUCACUUAUCAAAGUCCUGGGUGGUUACAGGGACUCAUUCUGAGGUUCCUGUGGGCAUGAUAGCCAGAGUAUAGUCAAUAUCGUUUGGAGCUAGUGUCUGGGAAGUGAUUAUCUUUCUCUUUCUUUCUUUCUUUCUUUCUUU